UACUUACUGUUUUCCUUACAUCGAUGUGCCUCUGAAGAAUUGUAUAGCUUAAUUUUUGUUUCAAUUAAAAAAUAUAUUGUUUCGAGUGCUUUGUUCGAAACGCAAAUUCAAAUCUUAUUAAGGAAAUCCAAAAAGAGUGUAUUGUCAAAACGUAUUAUUACAAUUUUGUCUUAUCCAUUACAUUUUGGCCCUGCGAGUUUGUUUCGUUAAGGCAUUUUUUACACCGUCUAUUUUGAAAUAAUUUCGAAGUUCAUUAAAAAAAAAAGUCAAGCUGCAACAUUUACUGAAAAAAGCAAUGAAGCCAACAGGUGAUGUUUUGGCUGCAUUAAGAUGUCUUAUGCGAAACUUACCGAAUUCACUUGGACAAAUAAAUGCUUAUAUUAUCCCUUCGGAUGACUCUCACCAAAGUGAAUAUCUUGCAAAACGUGAUGAACGCCGAGCCUUCAUAUCUGGAUUCGAUGGAAGUGCAGGAACAGCUGUUGUAACAGAAAAGGAAGCUCUUCUGUGGACUGAUGGUCGUUACUACCAACAGGCAAGUAAACAACUUGAUAAGAAUUGGACCCUUAUGAAAGAUGGACAACCGGGUACUCUGGGCAUUGAUGCAUGGCUGGCUAAAGUACUUCAGCCUGGUUCUAAAGUAGGAGUCGAUGCAAACCUCAUUUCCACACGAGCUUGGAAUCCUCUUCAUUGUACUCUGAAAUCUUCCGGUUGCGAGCUUCUGCCAAUUGUUCCCAAUUUGAUAGAUUUGGUAUGGAAAGAUCAACCAGCUGCUCCUGAAAACUCGAUAAUUCCACUUGGAACAGAAUUCACCGGAUCGCCGAUAGUCAAGAAACUGGAAUUGAUAAGAGGAAAAAUGGAAGAAAAGCGUGCAUCUAUACUUGUUGUCAGUGCAUUGGACGAAAUUGCUUGGUUCCUCAAUCUACGAGGUUCUGAUAUAGACUACAACCCAGUGUUUUUCUCAUAUUUGAUUAUAACUACUGAUGAUCUAUAUUUCUUCAUCGAUGAGAAAAAGCUAUGUCCAUUGAUUGAUAAUCAUUUCAAAUCAAAUCAAGUUCAACCUAAAAUUUAUCCUUAUAAUGAAAUUCAUAAUAACCUCAAAUCGUUAGCUGAAUCAGCGGUUGAUCGUGUAUGGAUAAGUUUAGGGUCUAGCUAUGCCUUGACUGCUCUUAUUCCGGAAGGCAAACGAUUACACGAAAUUACGCCAAUAAGCUUAAUGAAAGCUGUCAAAAAUGAGGUGGAGUCAAAUGGCAUGAAACAAUGCCAUAUUCGAGAUGGUUUAGCCUUAUGUCAAUACUUUGCUUGGUUAGAGAAAUGUAUCAAAGAAGGCCAACCAAUCAAUGAGAUAACUGGAGCGGAUCAUUUAGAAAAACUUAGAAGUCAACAGGAUAAAUAUAUGGGACUUAGUUUUACUACCAUUAGCGCAUCAGGACCAAACGGAUCAGUUAUUCAUUAUCACCCUCUGCCAGAAACAAAUCGCUCUAUCAACGAUAAAGAACUUUAUUUGUGUGACUCGGGUGCCCAAUAUUUAGAUGGGACAACCGAUGUUACAAGAACAUUACAUUUCGGAACACCUAGUAAGGAGGAAAUAUUCGCAUUUACGCACGUAUUGAAAGGUCAGAUUGCCUUAGGAACUGCAAUCUUUCCACGAAAAGUCAAGGGUCAAUUCUUGGACACCAUAGCUCGAAAAGCUUUAUGGGAUGCUGGCUUAGACUACGGGCAUGGAACAGGACAUGGUAUUGGCCACUUUUUGAAUGUGCAUGAAGGUCCGAUGGGGAUCGGUAUUCGAUUGAUGCCAGAUGAUCCAGGUCUGGAGGAAAACAUGUUUUUGUCUAAUGAACCGGGUUAUUAUAAAGACGGAGAGUUCGGUAUACGCAUUGAAGAUAUUGUUAAAGUAACUGCAACAAAUAUUGGCGAUAACUUUGGUGGACGUGGAGCUCUAACUUUUGAAACCAUAACAAUGUGCCCAAUUCAAACAAAACUGAUUGACGUUGAUCAAUUGACUGAGAGAGAACGUUAUCAUUUGAACAGUUAUCAUAAAAUGGUUUCGGAAACUCUAUCCCCUUUGCUAGAAGCAAUUGGUGAUCAUACGACAUUGAAAUGGUUGGAACAAGAAACUAAAGCUAUUUAAAAGACCUUAUUUUUGUUUGAUUGUCAACAUAUUCACAGAUUAUAGUAUUUUUUAACAAUAGAAUCAUUGUUGGAAUGCUUUCUUAUGAGUUCAAUGGAAGAUUAUAUAUUUUGCUAAUUAUUA